UUUCAUAUUCCAAUCAGAAAAUCACAUUAUUAGAUUCUUCUCUCUCGAGUAAAAUCUAGGUACAUAUCAAAUUAAUCAAUGGCAAUGAUGAAGUCUGGUUUUAUCUUGUUCAUGUCAAUGCUCUUUCUCAUCUCUUCAUUGUCAUAUGGUUACAAGUUCAACGUUGGUGGCAAAGAUGGCUGGGCUGUGAAACCCUCACAAUGCUACAGUCAGUGGGCUCAGAAAAACAGGUUUCAAAUCAACGACACACUUUAUUUCAAGUAUAACAAAGGAUCUGAUUCAGUGUUGGUGGUAAAUUACCAAGAUUACAACUCAUGCAAUACCAACAAUCCAAUUCUUAAAUUGGAUGGUGGAAACUCCAUUUUUAAAUUUGACAGAUCAGGUCCUUUUUUCUUCAUUAGUGGAAAUGUUGAAAAUUGCCAAAAAGGUGAAAAAUUAAUUGUGGUGGUUUUGUCUCCAAACCACAACCGUAAACAUAAUGGUCCAUCGUCGUCACCUUCUCCGGCUGAUUCACCGGCAGAGAAUGCUCCUUCAAAUUCCACCGUUGAUAAUGCUCCGGCGAAAUCUCCGGCAAGUUCGGGUUCAACUAUGUUAAGUGGUUCUAUUAUUGUUAGCGUUGGGUUGGUUUUAGUUUUGGGAAGCUUUGUCUUUUAAGAAUGUUUAUGUCUAGGUAUUAUGUUGUUUCUUUUGUUUGUGGUUUGUUAGGGUUGAAUUUGGUCUUGUUUGUUUUUUUUUAUAGUUUGUGGUGAUGUCUGUCGAACUAUUUUUUUUUUCAUUGUGUGAAUUUUGUUUCUUAUCUAUUAUUAAUUAAAAUAUUUUAAUUAUUUCGAAUAAAUUAUAUAUGUGACA